UGUGGGUGUUUUCAACUAGAAACUGAACUCGAGACUGAAACUCGCCGCCCUGACUCGGGCUUCGGUACGAGCGGGAAUGUUUUAUAUUUACCUCAGCCCGUUUCCGCACAAACUCUGGAUUUAGUCGUUUAUUUUAUAGAAAUACAACUUGUGUGAAUCACAUUCGCUUAUGUGUUUAGUUAUGGUCGGUUCUUAAUUCUGCGAAAAAGGUGCAUCAUACCUGGACACCGAUUCAUGAAGAAAUACACAUCUAAAAGUUCUUCUGAAGCUGGCUGGCAAGUGGAGGGGUGGCAGACAUGAGUGAAGCUGAGGACGAGAGCAGAAGCAGCAGCUUGCGCAGGAAAAAACCUCCCUGGCUCAGACUGGACAUCCCCAGCAACCUGAACACGGUGGAAGAACACAGUAACUUUCUCCAGCCCGUCAUGCGUAACAGCUUGUAUCUGCGUAGUGCCAGUGUACCCACUGAAAAUAUGCAGAUCAGAUGCCCGCCGGGUGACCCCAAUGCCUACCGCAGAACCUCUGCCCUGCGCAAACCCUCCAUCUCUCAAACCAUCAAGAGCCCCACAGGGAAGAGGGUUCGCUUUGAACAGAUGAACACCAUACUUAUUAAAGGCCAGUGUUUCUCACGUCUAGAGCCACCCAGACGUCAGUCACUGCCCCAAAUUUUCCUCAGGGGCACAGCAGACUGGUUUGGGAUCAGCAAUGAUUCAGAUGCCACACAGAAAUGGCAGCGGAAGAGCCUGCGGCACUGCACCCUGCGCUACGGCAAGCUGAAGCCUCAGGUGAUCCGGGAAAUGGAUCUUCCCAGCCAAGACAAUCUUUCCAUGACCAGUACGGAGACGCCUCCUCCUCUAUACAUCCCCCCAGCACAGCAUGGCAUGCAGAGGAUCGUGGACCCGCUGGCUCGGGGUCGAGCGUUCCGUAACAUAGAUGAAGUGGACGGCUUUGGUAUACCUCAGACCCCCAUCACCCCGUGUGCCGUCUCCCUCUGCUCCUUAACCAGCUCCCGCUCUGGUUUCAAUCGACCUCCCCGUAGACGCAAGCGUGAGUCCGUCGCCAAGAUGGGCUUCAGAGCGGCCGCAGCUUUGGUGAAGGGGCGCUCUUUGCGGGAAUGUACCGUUCGACGAGUCCACCGGCGCAGCUUUGCCACAGCCAGUUUCUUGGAUGAGGAUACUGUGGAUUUCCCAGAUGAACUGGACACCUCCUUCUUUGCCAAGGAUGGGCUUCCACAUGAAGAGCUGUCCACGUACGCGGACGAGGUGUUCGAAUUGUCCUCUGAAGCCGAUGUCAAAGAAACUGAUGGCACCACAGCGGCAGAUGAGAGGGAUCUGACAGGAAGUGCCCUAGAUAAGACAGAACUAGAGAGAAGCCACUUAAUGCUACCUCUUGAGCGAGGCUGGCGUAAGGGAAAGGAUGGCACUGUGGUUCAGCCUAAAUUGCGCUUACGUCAGGAGGUGGUAAGCGUUAGCGGUCAGCGGCGCGGGCAGCGUAUAACCAGACCCGUUAAAAAGCUUUUUGCCAAGGAGAAGCGACCUUACGGGCUCGGCAUGGUGGGCCGGCUGACUAACCGCACCUACCGCAAACGCAUCGACAGCUAUGUGAAGAGACAAAUAGAAGAUAUGAAUGACCACAGGCCUUUCUUUACUUACUGGAUCACCUUUGUCCAUUUGCUGAUUACCAUCUUGGCAGUUUGCAUCUAUGGCAUCGCUCCUAUAGGCUUUUCACAACACGAGGCAAUAGAUUCGGUAUUACGAAAUAAAGGAGUGUACGAAAGCGUCAAAUUUGUGCAGCAGGAAAACUUCUGGGUUGGACCGAGCUCGGAGGCGCUCAUUCACCUUGGGGCCAAAUUCUCACCCUGCAUGCGUCAAGAUCAGGAGGUGCACGAGCUCAUUCAGCAUAAAAGGCAGAGCGAGCGUCAUUCGGCGUGCUGCGUUCGCAAUGACAAAUCAGGCUGCUUGCAGACCUUGCAGGAGGAGUGCUCAAGCACACUUGCAUUAUGGGUGAAGUGGCCUCAGCACCCAAGUGCUCCACAUCUUGAAGGGAAACUGCGUCAGUAUGGCUCUGUGUGCCAUCAAGACCCCAGGAUUUGUUUGGAGCCCGCUUCUGUUAGUCCACACGAGUGGCCUGAUGACAUCACCAAGUGGCCAGUAUGCACCAGGUACAGCACAGGGAAUCACACGAACCUGCCACAUAUUGACUGUGUCAUCACUGGAAGACCCUGCUGCAUUGGUACCAAAGGACGGUGUGAAAUUACAUCAAGAGAGUACUGUAACUUUAUGAAAGGGUACUUCCAUGAAGAGGCCACACUCUGUUCCCAGGUUCAUUGCAUGGAUGAUGUGUGCGGCCUACUGCCUUUCUUAAACCCAGAGAUCCCAGAUCAGUUUUAUCGGCUGUGGCUCUCUCUCUUCCUGCACGCUGGGAUCCUGCACUGUCUGGUGUCUGUGUGCUUCCAAAUGACCAUUCUGAGGGAUUUGGAGAAGCUAGCAGGCUGGCUGAGAAUCUCCAUCAUCUACAUCCUCAGUGGGAUUACGGGCAACCUCGCCAGUGCCAUCUUUCUGCCAUACAGAGCUGAGGUGGGUCCAGCAGGUUCUCAGUUUGGCAUCUUGGCCUGUCUGUUCGUGGAGCUGUUCCAGAGCUGGCAGAUCCUCGCACGACCGUGGAGAGCCUUCGCCAAGCUCUCAUGCGUGGUGCUCUUCCUCUUCACCUUUGGCCUGCUUCCUUGGAUCGAUAAUUUCGCCCACAUCUGUGGAUUCGUCUCGGGCUUCUUCCUCUCCUUCGCCUUCCUGCCCUACAUCAGCUUCGGACGCGAGGACAAGUACCGCAAACGUGUGCAGAUCCUCGUUGCCCUCACGCUUUUCUUGGGCAUAUUCUCCGGCUUCGUCGUGCUUUUCUACGUGUACCCUAUCAAGUGCGAGUGGUGCGAGCUCCUCACCUGCAUUCCAUUGACGGACAAGUUUUGUGAGAAGUACGACCUCAAUGCUCACCUCCACUGAGGACUGGCUGCAAUGGAGGGCAGUGGGACGCCACAUUGAACUUUUGGCAAACGGACAAUCUUCAUUAGUCUGAAACCCUUUAAGUACUUCAUACAGAAGAUUUUAUUGUUUUAAAGGUGUCAUUAUCAAAAAACAGCACUCCCCAGGAGGGAAGGAUGAUAGUUAUUCCAACAGUGCCUUCUUAGUACCACCAACUGCCAUAUCUAUUGGACUGGAGCACUUUUAAGACCUGUAUGUGUAUAGGGCUACAGUGUUGUUUAAUACUCGGUAGUGUUUUAGCUACCUGCUCACAUGUAAAAGAGAAUACAAUGUGAACAAAUGACUAAG